AUGUUCUCCGCACCGCUGCUCCUCGUCGCUGCCGCGUUCGUUCGCGCGCAGGUGGCCAGCGCUCAGUCGAGCGACGUCUCGCCAUCGACGACGGCGGCCGACCCGCUCACGGUGACGAUCUGUGCAGGCUUCGUCGGCGCGUCGACGUCCGAAUGCGUCGCCGCGUUCACGGACAGCGCCGGCCAGCUCACGGCCAUCCCACUCCCGACGACGACCGGGUCCGUCGAGACUCUCAACUGCUUCGGCGACGGCUGCGAGCUCGUGUCGACCAACAGCCUCGGGCAGCUCACCACCUCCGUCCAGUCCCCGGGCGCGAAAGCUACCAGCACCCCCGGCUUCUUCUCCGGCACGCAUACCAUCUGCGGAGACGACCAAUGCUGGGCCGAAUACUGGACCGGCGGAGGAUGGGCCGCCGUCCCGAUCUCGCGCACGACGUACUACGCCACGGGCACCGUCGCCGUGACCGCCUCCGGUGCCGUCGCGAGCUCGAGCUCGAGCUCGGCCCCUCUCGACGCCGUCUCCUCCGGCAGCGGCUCGAACCGCACCCUCACCGUGAUCGUCCCCGCCGUGGUCGGCACCGUCGGCGGCCUGCUCCUCCUCAUCCUCGGCGCGAUCCUCUACAUCCGCUACCGCGCCCGCAAGGACGCGCCCUCGCGCGAGUGGACGAAGAACCCCAAGCUCGACCUCGUCGCGCCCGGUCAAGCCAAGGGCGCGCGCGAGAUGUCCGAGGCCGAAGUCGACGAUCUCCACCGCAACGCCUUCGUCUAA